CAGAAACAAACAGUCAAAGUUAACGACUCCACGGCACUUUCAUUUCUUACUUUUUACUGUCACUACAAAAAAGAAAUUUCCGCAAAAAUCACUAGUCUUUGACAAGCUUUUGGAUUUUAAAUUUUCCAAUGGAUUUAUCGAUUUCCAGUCCAUUCCGCGGUGCUUUUCCUGGACCAACUUCAACCUUCAUCCUCAAUCCGAAAUCUCGAUGUUCCCAUUCCUUGAAUUUCUUUAAGCAUCGAAACUCUUACAGCAAAAAUCCGCUCUUUUCCCGCCAAAAAAUACCGAUCAGAGCUCAGGUUUCAGAUCCGGCGGUGGAUGAUGGGUUUGUCAUUGACGAUGUCCCUCACUUGACUGAUUUCCUCCCUGAUUUGCCGUCGUAUCCAAAUCCCUUGCAAACUAGCCAAGCAUAUGCUAUCGUCAAGCAAACUUUUGUUCGUCCAGAAGAUGUGGUUGCUCAGAAGAUUGUUGUUCAGAAGGAUAGCUCCCGAGGAGUACAUUUCCGGCGUGCAGGGCCCUGUGAAAAGGUAUAUUUUAAAUCAGAGGAAGUGCGUGCUUGUAUAGUAACUUGUGGUGGUUUGUGCCCAGGGAUCAAUACAGUCAUUCGGGAGAUUGUCUGUGGAUUAAACUAUAUGUAUGGUGUUGAUGAUAUACUUGGCAUUCAGGGAGGAUAUAGAGGCUUUUACUCUAAAAAUACCUUGAUAUUAACACCCAAAGUUGUGAAUGAUAUCCACAAACGUGGUGGCACCUUUCUUCUCACUUCACGAGGGGGUCAUGAUACUCAAAAGAUUGUUGAUAACAUCCAGGACAGGGGAAUCAAUCAGGUUUACAUUAUUGGAGGAGAUGGAACCCAGCGAGGGGCAUCUCGGAUUUAUGAGGAAGUUGAGAAACGUGGUCUUAAGGUAGCAGUUGCUGGCAUACCCAAGACAAUUGAUAAUGAUAUUGCAGUGAUUGACAAAUCUUUUGGUUUUGAUACUGCUGUUGAAGAAGCUCAAAGGGCCAUUAAUGCUGCACAUGUGGAGGUAGAAAGUGUGGAAAAUGGCAUUGGAAUUGUCAAACUCAUGGGAAGAUACAGCGGUUUCAUUGCUAUGUUUGCAACACUGGCAAGUCGCGAUGUGGAUUGCUGCUUGAUUCCAGAAUCACCAUUCUAUUUGGAAGGCAAAGGUGGACUCUUUGAGUUUAUUGAAGAGAGAUUAAAAGAGAAUGGACAUAUAGUUAUUGUUGUUGCUGAAGGAGCUGGUCAGGAAUAUCUUGCUCAAAGUAUGCAAGGAAUUGAUGAGAAAGAUGCAUCUGGAAACAGGCUUCUCCUUGAUGUUGGUCUCUGGUUAACCCAAAACAUCAAGGAUCAUUUUACUAAGGAGCGGAAGAUGGCAAUAAAUAUGAAAUACAUUGAUCCUACAUACAUGAUACGAGCUAUUCCGAGUAAUGCAUCAGACAAUAUUUACUGCACCCUUCUUGCUCAAAGUGCUGUGCAUGGAGCCAUGGCUGGAUAUACAGGGUUCACAGUUGGACCUGUAAACAGCAGACACGCCUAUAUUCCAAUUUCUCACGUUACUGAAACUCAAAACACCGUGAAGUUGACUGAUAGGAUGUGGGCUAGACUUCUUGCUUCGACAAACCAACCGAGUUUCCUGAACUGUGAUGAAUCAACAGGUGGGAAAGUCUGUAAAGAUACUAUCGACUUGAUCAACAACAUGAAGAUUACAUCUAUUUAGAUUCAAUGGAUAUAUGCUCCGAUGUAAACACAUCAUCAUGGCUACAUAUUUUGCCUCUAAUAAUUUGCAAAAUCACUUCAACUUCGAAGCUGUGAAGUCGCCAUGAAGGAUUGUGAUUUUAGACAGUCUCAUAUCUGGUAAACUUCUUCCUUGUACGUGCUCUCUCAUAUGGUAGAUUUACCAUCUGCAUUUAGCUCAUAUUUGGGUUGCUACAGAUUUGUUCUCAGUUUGGAUUGUCUCAAGAAUUUGAUAUCAUCAUGACACAUUUCCAACCUAUAUGUAUAUUAUAUUGAACCGGAAAUUUUUGCUUCAAAGUGUAUCAGCAUAGAUAUUUCAGUUA